AUGAAAUCGAUUUUACAAUUUCCCUUUUUUAAAAAUUGUCCUAAUUAAAAAAUCCGAUUUCGAUUUAAAAUCGAUUAAUCGUGCAGCCCUACUGUCCUGGUUGCCAUAUCUGUCCUAGUUGCCGUAUCUGUCCUUUCUGAGCGUUGCAAAUUCUGUAUCUGUCCUGGUUGCUGCAUGUGUCCUCAUUGCCGUCUCUGUCCCAGUUGCUGUAUCUGUCCUAUCUGAGCAUUGCAGAUGCCUUAUCUGUCUUAGUUGCCGUAUCUGUCCUGGUUACCGUAUCUGUUCUUGUUGCUGUAUCUGUCCUAGUUGCCGUCUCUGUCCUAGUUGCUGUAUCUGUCCUAUCUGAGCGUUGCAGAUGCCUUAUCUGUCCUAGUUGCCGUAUCUGUCCUGGUUGCCCUAUCUUUCCUGGUUACUGCAUGUGUCCUCACUGCCAUCUCUGUUCCAGUUGCUGUAUCUGUCCUAGUUGCUGUAUCUGUCCUAUCUGAGCAUUGCAGAUGCCUUAUCUGUUCUAGUUGCCGUAUCUGUCCUGGUUGCCCUAUCUGUCCUUGUUGCCAUAUCUGUCCUGGGUGCUGCACCUGUCGUAGUUGCUGUAUCUGUCCUGGUUGCCGUAUGUGUCCUAGUUGCCGUAUCUGUCCUAUCUGAGCGUUGCAAAUUCUCUAUCUGUCCUGGUUGCCCUAUCUUUCCUGGUUGCCGUAUGUAUCCUCAUUGCCGUCUCUUUCACAGUUGCUGUAUCUGUCCUGGUUGCUGUCUCUGUCCUGGUUGCCCUAACUGUCCUGGUUGCCAUAUUUGUCCUAGUUGCCAUAUCUGUUCUCAUUGCCGUAUCCAACCUCAUUGGCAUAUCUGUCUUGGUUGCCAUAUCUGUCCUAUCUGAGCAUUGCAGAUGCCUUAUCUGUCCUAGUUGCCAUAUCUGUCCUAGUUACCAUAUCUGUUCUGGUUGCCGUAUCUGUCCUAGUUGCCGUAUCUGUCCUGGUUGCUGUAUCUGUCCUAGUUGCCGUAUCUGUCCUAUCUGAGCGUUGCAAAUUCUGUAUCUGUCCUGGUUUCCCUAUCUUUCCUGGUUGCCGUACGUGUCCUCAUUGCCGUCUCUGUCCCAGUUGCUGUAUCUGUCCUGGUUGCUGUCUCUGUCCUGGUUGCCCUAUCUUUCCUGGUUGCCGUACGUGUCCUCAUUGCCGUCUCUGUCCUGGUUGCCAUAUCUGUCCUGGUUGCCGUAUCUGUCCCAGUUGCCAUAUAUCUUUCUUAUCUGAGCGUUGCAGUUGCUCUGACCACAGGCUGAUGCAGAUCUGCUUGAGAAGCUCCGCCUCUUCCUCUGUGGUUCUGUGUUCUCGUUUCUGAAACUUUGUUUGUUUCCUCUUUGGGUUAAAACCAGUUCAACGGCCCCAGAGCCUGCAGCUGGUAGUGCUGCGUUCAGGGGCAGUUGUCAGUGCUGCGUUCAGGGACAGCUGUCAGUGCUGCAUUCAGGGACAGCCGGCAAUGCUGCAUUCAAGGGUCAAUGCUGCAUUCAGGGGUCAAUGCUGCGUUCAGGUGUCAGUGCUGCGUUCUGGUGUCAGUGCUGCAUUCAGGUGUCGGUGCUGCAUUUAGGUGUUGUGCUGCGUUCAGGGGUUGGUGCUGCGUUCAGGUGUCAGUGAUGCAUUCAGGUGUCAUGCUGCAUUCAGGUGUCAGUGCUGCGUUCAGGUAUCAGUGCUGCAUUCAGGUAUCUGUGCUGCGUUCAGGGGUAGGUGCUGCAUUCAGGCGUAGGUGCUGCGUUCAGGUGUGGUCCUGCGUUCAGGUGUUGUGCUGCGUUCAGGUGUCAGUGCUGCGUUCAGGGGUCGGUGCAGCAGUCACGUGUCAGUGCAGCGUUCAGGUAUUGCGCUGCGUUCAGGUGUCGGUGCUGCGUUUAGGGGUUGUGCUGUGUUCAGGGGUCGGUGUUGUGUUCAGGUGUCAGUGCUGCGUUCAGGUUUCUUGCUGCUUUCAGGUGUUGUGCUGCGUUCAGGUGUCAGUGCUGCGUUCAGGUAUCAGUGCUGCGUUCAGGUGUUGUGCUGCGUUCAGGUGUUGUGCUGCGUUCAGGGGUUGGUGCUGCGUUCAGGUGUUGUGCUACGUUCAGGUGACAUGCUGUGUUCACGUGUCGGUGUUGCGUUCAGGUGUCAUGCUGCGUUCAGGUGUCAGUGCUGCGUUCAGGUGUCGUGCUGUGUUCAGGUGUUGUGCUGCACUCAGGAUUUGGUGUUGUGUUCAGGUGUCAGUGCUGCGUUCAUGGGUUGGUGCUGUGUUCAGGUUUCAGUGCUGGGUCAGGUGUUGUGCUGCGUUCAGGUGUUGUGCUGCGUUCAGGUAUCAGUGCUGCGUUCAGGUGUUGUGCUGCAUUCAGGGUUUGGUGCAGCGUUCAGGUGUCAGUGCUGCGUUCAGGUGUCAGUGCUGCGUUCAGGUGUUGUGCUGCGUUCAGGUCUCAGUGCUGCGUUCAGGUGUUGUGCUGCGUUCAGGUCUCAGUGCUGCGUUCAGGUGUUGUGCUGCAUUCAGGUCUCAGUGCUGCGUUCAGGUGUUGUGCUGCAUUCAGGUGUCAGUGCUGCGUUCAGGUGUUGUGCUGCAUUCAGGUGUUGUGCUGCGUUCAGGUAUCAGUGCUGCGUUCAGGUGUUGUGCUGCGUUCAGGUAUCAGUGCUGCGUUCAGGUGUCGUGCUGCGUUCAGGGUUUGGUGCAGCGUUCAGGUGUCGGUGCUGCAUUCAGGUGUCGGUGCUGUGUUUAGGGGUUGUGCUGCGUUCAGGUGUCAGUGCUGCGUUCAGGUCUCUUGCUGCGUUCAGGUGUUGUGCUGCGUUCAGGUGUCAUGCUGCAUUCAGGUGUUAGUGCUGCGUUCAGGGGUUGGUGCUGUGUUCAGGUGUCUGUGCUGCGUGAGGGGUUGGUGCUGCGUUCAGGUGUCAGUGCUGUGUUCAAGUGUUGUGUUGCGUUCAGGUGUCAUGCUGUGUUCAGGUGUCAGUGCUGCGUUCAGGGGUUGGUGCUGCGUUCAGGUGUCAGUGCUGCGUUCAGGGGUUGGUGCUGCGUUCAGGUGUUUUGCUGCGUUCAGGUGUGGUGCUGCGUUCUGGUGACAUGCUGCUUUCACAUGUCGGUGUUGCGUUCAGGUGUCAUGCUGUGUUCAGGUGUUGCUACUGCAUUCAGGGGUUGGUGCUGCGUUCAGGUGUCAGUGCUGCGUUCAGGUGUUGUGCUGCAUUCAGGAUUUGGUGUUGCGUUCAGGUGUCAGUGUUGGGUCAGAUGUUGUGCUGUGUUCAGGAGUUGUGCUGCGUUCAGGUAUCAAUGCUGCGUUCAGGUGUCGUGCUGCGUUCAGGGUUUGGUGCAGCGUUCAGGUGUCGGUGCUGCAUUCAGGUGUCGGUGCUGUGUUUAGGGGUUGUGCUGCGUUCAGGUGUCAGUGCUGCGUUCAGGUCUCUUGCUGCGUUCAGGUCUCUUGCUGCGUUCAGGUGUCAGUGCUGCGUUCAGGGGUUGGUGCUGCGUUCAGGUGUCAGUGCUGUGUUCAGGUGUUAGUGCUGCGUUCAGGGGUUGGUGCUGUGUUCAGAUGUCUGUGCUGCGUCAGGGGUUGGUGCUGCGUUCAGUUGUCAGUGCUGUGUUCAAGUGUUGUGUUGCGUUCAGGUGUCAUGCUGCGUUCAGGGGUUGGUGCUGCGUUCAGGGGUCGGUGCUGCGUUCAGGGGUCGGUGCUGCGUUCAGGGGUCGGUGCUGCGUUCAGGUGUUGUGCUGCGUUCAGGUGUUUUGCUGCGUUCAGGUGACAUGCUGCUUUCACAUGUCGGUGUUGCGUUCAGGUGUCAUGCUGUGUUCAGGUGUUGCUACUGCAUUCAGGGGUUGGUGCUGCGUUCAGGUGUCAGUGCUGCGUUCAGGUGUUGUGCUGCAUUCAGGAUUUGGUGUUGCGUU